AUGGUGGAAAGUUCAUACGCUGGUGACUCGCCGCGAUCUAGAUCCCCAAUGACUGAACCAUCCUCGCCACUGCAAGACACGUCAGGAAUUUCCGCGACGAAUAUAAACAUUUUGAACCACCAGCGGUUCCUAUAUAGUUACUCCCCGGAAAGUGUCCAGCAGAAGUUAAAAACGCUUGAGCAAUUUACGCAAAAAGAGCACUUUAAUCGCGAGCGAGAUCGCGGAUUUUUAAGGACCAGUCCGAUGAGCGAAGAAACGCGAUAUCGACAAAGAGAAAUCAUCACGUCUUCUUCGAGGCCCAGCUCAUCUUCCGCGUUAACUUCUCCCACUUCUUUGUUUACUAUUGACAGUAUUUUGGCACCCAGACCUACGGGAGGCAAUUCCACGAGCACGAGCUCUGGAAUUGGUGGGCAAAAUAAUUCUGAGGCCGUCGAUUCGCCGCCAAGGACUUUGCAUCCUCUUCAGCAACAGCUUCAUCAUCUUGCUUUUACACCCGCUGAUUUUUUAGCUGCAGCGUAUCCAGGACUUUACCCGAGUGGAUAUGUAGCGGCGAUGGCGGCCGCGGGGGUGUCGUUGCACAGCCAACCGGCGUUUUACCACGCGACGCAUCCCUAUCAGAUGAACCCGAACGGUCCUGGGGUUGGUCCAAUGACCAAGAGGAAACGCAGGCAUCGGACUAUUUUUACAGAGGAGCAAUUAGAGCAACUGGAGGCUACUUUUGAUAAGACUCAUUAUCCCGAUGUUUUACUGAGGGAACAACUCGCGUUGCAGGUCGACCUCAAGGAGGAAAGGAUUGAAGUUUGGUUCAAAAACCGCCGAGCAAAGUGGCGAAAGCAAAAGCGCGAGGAGCAGGAACGUCUAAGAAAGCUCCAAUUGGAGCAACGACAGCGAAGUGACGACAGUGUAAAUGCAAUCCGAGUUCCGGGUCACCUUAGUCUCAAUGGUCAGCACGAGGACACUGACAGUUCAGACCUGGAGGUCGCAUAG